CUGUACUUGUCUGUGUGGGCAGUGAAUAGGUUUCUGGAACACUGGCUUCUUUUUGUAACUAAUUAACUUGUGAAGACUUGAAAUCUGAUGUAGCUAAAUAAGCAUUGACCUGUUGUAGAGGAUGUAACUGUUUUGUUAUCCUUCAAGUAGAUUUCACAUUUUUACUUGAGCUUUGUUGUUGCAUUUAACAUCAUUUAUGUGCUUCAGCUUUGGAUCGAAUUGCCAUAGAAGUUUAUUUUCUCCUGAGUUUGUUAUCCUUCUAUAUGCUUAUUAGUUACUUAUUUUUGUACGGUUUGAUUUUUCUUUUUAUACUGCUCGGUAUUCACACACUGUCUAAAAGGAUGUGCUUAAGUUGUAUCAAGGUUUCAUGAUGUUCGAAAGUUAUGCCUACAAGUGUUUAUGCUUAUGGAAAAGUUACUUGAACUUCAGGAUUUGCAAUUGGUCUAGAUUGCUCAAUGCUCAUGAAGAACCACAUAGCGCAUGCAGCUGUGUCAACAUCGUCGAAGCGUCAACAUCUUAUCAUUCAAUUCCAUCACAAAAUUCUGAGGUUAUAACAUCAGCAGAAUUUCACCCAACACAUUGUAAUACACUGCAUAUAGCAUUAAAGGGCUCAAUUCGUCUUGUUGACUUGCGAUAGUCAGCGUUAUGCCACUCACAUGCCAUACUGUAAGAUCAUCCUUUGCUGAUGUUUUCAAUUUAUGUUCUCUAUAAAGGAUACGGCUCCUCUAAAUGAGCAAACUUUUCUUAUGCUUGGUAGACUCAGACAAUUACUUCCUGUACAUAUUUGAGGAUGAGGAGGCCCCGGGGUCUAGAUCAUUUUUCACUGAGAUUAUUGCUUCUAUCUCAGAUAUAAAUCUCAGAUAUAAAAUUUGCGAAGGAGGGAAGAUAUAUACUCAGUCGUGAUUACAUGUCUCUGAAGCUAUGUGAUUUAUACGAAAACGAUUCAAUUUUUUAUAAGUUUGAGUGUUGUUUGAGUGGUGAUGGUGAUGGAUCGCGAGUUUCAACCGGUUCUUACAGCAAUCUAUUCCGCGUGUUUGGUUGUGCCCCGGGAAGUACAGAGGCUACAUCUUUGGAAGCGAGUAAAAAUCCAAUGAGACGACAAGUUCCAACACCGUCAAGGCCUUGUAGAUCACUCGGAAACAGUUUAACAAGAGUUGUAAGACGCGGAGCUGAGAUCACCGGUGUUGACGCAAAUGGAAAUUCUUUUGAUUUUACAACAAAGUUGCUACACUUAGCAUGGCAUCCAAGUGAAAAUUCAAUUGCUUGUGUUGCUGCAAAUAGCUUAUACAUGUACCAUGCACGAAGAAAAAUAGUUGGAAGACUUAUAUAUAUUUGCUUGGUUAACCUAUUUUUUGAGGUUACUAUGAAGAAGGAUUCUUUUCCCUUCUUACCAAAUACCAACCAUUAAGUUGGAGGCUACACUAACUCACAUACAAACACUACAAAGUGCCCUCAAAAUAUAUUGUACUAGUAGUGAUAACUUAGUCUUGAUUAUGUUUUGGAUCAAUUAUGUAUUUUUUUUGUAAGUAUUUGGUAAUACUUAAAUAUAAAUAUAUUAUGUUCAUAUUGUUGUGUGUAUGUUUAAUUGUUUGG